UAAAUAAUACUUUGUGCUUUGGCCUUCGAAGUAAAGGAUGAUGGAGCUUGACAGAGAUGACUGCCAAAGUGAUGAGUCCACCGUGGAAGAUGUAGAUGACGCCACGUAUUCACUUGGUGACCUGAGUUGUGGGGAUGUUCAGCUGUGGGCUACAGAUCGAUGUAAGAGUGGUAGUGCCAUCAUGGUGUACAGGCCUAUGGAAGGUGCAGUGAUCCAUGGAAUUUGCAAACUGCUGACAAUGAGACAGGCGAGUGUUACUGAGGCGACGGAGUCAUUCCUGCAUGUUAUUAUGACACGGUUACACAAGGCAUCAGGUACUGCAAAUCUGCUACGCCAGGAAGUGUGCCAGCUGAAGGCAUGCAAGGGUGCUGAUAUUUCGCAAGCAUGGCAACAAAUGCUGUCCGUCAUCGCAACAGCUAUUCCCGAAGUGAAAAUCAAUUGUGAAGAUUUGGAAGUUACAUCUGCAGUGCUAGCGAAUCUGAUAAGCUACCUGCAUGCCACGGCUGCCGCUGCUAUCAGGAAAGCGUCAAUAGCACCAUCCAAAGCUGCUGAAGCCAUCCCCGAACCGGUGAUUGACAAUUUGUCUCACCUUGCUGAAAAGUACCAUGGUGGUUGGUGCUUGGUGGCCAUGCGGCGUGAGCUGGAAGGAGCAAGGUGUCGCAACGACAACUUGCUGCAGCUUAUACCUUUAUUUGGCAAGGAUGCCGUGACAAGCCUUCAGCCUUGUUUGGAGAAUUCAGGUGGCCCGGCGUGGCUCGGAAGCUCUGUAUAAGACACCAUACGUCACAGAUAAAAACAACUGAACCAGUGAUA